UUAUCUUUUCGAUUUUAGCAUACGGAGUAUAAAUUAAGCAAUAAACCUCCCAUUCUUGAAACCAUCUCCUCUUCUCUCCUUCUCUAUAUUCUUCUAAUAUAAAAAAUGGCCACUACUUCAAAUCCGGCCGUGAGUUGGUACAUGAACGGCGGUGAUGAUUUUAGCUGGGCUGACGUCUCCGAAAUCGACGGCGGCGAUCUUCUUAUGUCAUUUCUUGAUGAUACCCAUGGCGUGGCGGCGGAGGAUUACGAUGAUGAAAGAUUGAAGGGUGUGAUCAAAUCUUUGGAAGCCGAAAUAGUCAACGUGGACAACGGCUUGUUUGAGGGUGGUCAACGGGAAAACCACUCCAAAGCCUGUCAGCCGUCCGAUGCCGGUCAACUUCACAGUCAAGAUCUUUCGAAGAUCAACGAUCUGGAUUUGACGAUGAUAGAUAUGGCUGGCAUGGGAAUGGAACCUUACUUCCCCACAGCAAAUGAUGGCAUCAACGGUUGGUAUUUGGAAGAGAAUUGCAAGAAUGAGAUGGACGGUGUGGAUGGAGACGAAUAUUGCAAUGGAGUUAAUUUUGAGGACAUUAGUUAUCAUGGAUAUCUUUGGCCAGAAACAAAUGGCUCUGAUCUUUGCCUUUGAGUAUCUGAGGCCAAACCAGAAUUAUAUUUUUCUGGAUAUAUAUGGUAGAUUUAUCUAUUUGAACUGAAUGAGGAAUGGAUUGAAAUUAAAAUCAAGCUAUUGGUUCCAAUGAAUUGGUCUAUUAUCAUGUGUACAUACAAUUGGUUUUCAAAAUUAAAAAGAAGGAAACAGGUUGUGCUUUUUGGUAGAACAUUUCUAAAGCAUGCAAAAAAGGAAUCAAAUGUGCUCUUUCAGUCCUUCCUCCCAAUAUUUUCUUACUCAUUAAUUUUUACUUCAACACGCAUUAUAAGUGUACUUGUCUGGGAAAAUGUCCUUAAAUUACAAACAUUUAUUAGUUA